AUGGCGGCGGUGGCGGCGGGCGCGGCGGCCCCUCAGCAGCCGCCGCCGCCUCAGCAGCCGCCGCAGCCGGCGGGAGGCGGCGGGAGCGGCUCUGGGGAGGCAGCGGGAGCCGCGGGUGGGGCCGGAGGCAGCGGCGGAGGUGCCGGAGGUGGCGGCGGCGCAGCCGGGCCUGCACCGGGCUCGGCGUCGGGCGGCGGCGCGGCCGCGGGCGAGUCGUGGUACCUGGCUUUGCUAGGCCUGGCCGAGCAUUUCCGCACGUCCAGCCCGCCCAAGGUGCGGCUGUGCGUGCACUGCCUGCAGGCCGUGCUGCCCCGCAAGCCCCCGCCCCGCAUGGAGGCCCGCACGCACCUCCAGCUCGGCUCCGUCCUCUACCACCACACCCGCAACGGCGACCAGGCCCGCGGGCACCUGGAGAAGGCGUGGCUGAUAUCCCAGCAGAUCCCUCAGUUUGAAGAUGUGAAGUUCGAGGCAGCCAGUUUGCUGUCAGAGCUCUACUGCCAGGAGAAUUCCGUGGACACGGCCAAGCCCCUGCUGCGCAAAGCCAUCCAGAUCUCCCAGCAAACGCCCUACUGGCACUGCAGGCUGCUCUUCCAGCUGGCUCAACUGCACACGCUGGAGAAGGAUUUGGUGUCGGCCUGUGACCUGCUGGGAGUGGGGGCCGAGUACGCCCGCGUGGUGGGCUCCGAGUACACCAGAGCUCUCUUCCUGCUCAGCAAGGGGAUGCUGCUGCUGAUGGAGAGGAAGCUGCAGGAGGUUCACCCGCUGCUGACCCUGUGUGGGCAGAUCGUGGAGAACUGGCAGGGGAAUCCCAUCCAGAAGGAAUCCCUCAGGGUCUUCUUCCUGGUCCUGCAGGUCACUCAUUACCUGGACGCUGGCCAGGUACGUGCCACGUUCCAGAUGGGAAUUUGGGACGGGGAGAAUUCCAGAAAAAAUCAGCCCUGCAACCCCGCGGACCUGUUCCACUGGCUGCCCAAGGAGCACAUGUGUGUGCUGGUCUACCUGGUGACAGUGAUGCAUUCCAUGCAGGCAGGGUACCUGGAGAAGGCUCAGAAAUACACGGACAAAGCUCUCAUGCAGCUGGAGAAGCUCAAAAUGCUGGACUGCAGCCCCAUCCUGUCCUCAUUCCAAGUGAUUCUCCUGGAACACAUCAUCAUGUGCAGGCUGGUGACAGGACACAAAGCCACGGCCCUGCAGGAGAUUUCCCAGGUGUGCCAGCUGUGCCAGCAGUCUCCCAGGCUCUUUUCCAACCACGCUGCCCAGCUGCACACGCUCCUGGGCCUGUACUGCAUCUCUGUCAACUGCAUGGACAAUGCAGAAGCACAAUUCACUACAGCACUGAGGCUCACAACCCACCAGGAGCUGUGGGCGUUUAUUGUCACCAACCUGGCCAGCGUCUACAUCCGGGAGGGCAAUCGGCACCAGGAGCUCUACAGUUUAUUGGAAAGGAUAAAUCCCGACCACAACUUCCCAGUGAGUUCCCACUGUCUCCGGGCUGCAGCCUUUUACAUCCGAGGCCUUUUCUCCUUUUUCCAGGGAAGAUACAACGAGGCCAAGCGUUUUUUGCGGGAGACGCUGAAGAUGUCGAACGCCGAGGACCUGAACCGCCUGACCGCCUGCUCCCUGGUGCUGCUGGGCCACAUCUUCUACGUGCUGGGCAACCACAGGGAAAGUAACAACAUGGUGGUGCCAGCCAUGCAGUUGGCCAGCAAGAUCCCAGACAUGUCCGUGCAGCUCUGGUCCUCUGCUCUGCUCCGGGACCUGAACAAGGCGUGUGGCAACGCCAUGGAUGCCCACGAGGCCGCCCAGAUGCACCAGAACUUCUCGCAGCAGCUGCUGCAGGAUCACAUCGAGGCCUGCAGCCUCCCCGAGCACAACCUGAUCACGUGGACGGAUGGGCCCCCCCCAGUCCAGUUCCAGGCCCAGAACGGCCCCACCACCAGCCUGGCCAGUCUGCUGUGAGAGCCUGGAAAACCCAGGAAAACCCAGGAAAACCCCAGGAAAACCCAGGAAAACCCCGGGAUAACCUGGAAA